GACGCGUCAAGAAAGACUGCCCCGCGUUAAGCUUGCAUAUUUCCACUCUUUUUCAACUUCAUUCUAGAUAAUACUUACCAUCACUACGUCAUCUAAAACGCUUUGUCUAGACAUUUUUGGCCCCAUCAACCUCUAAAUUCAGAUCCCAGCCCAGCAAGCCAAUGGCCAACCCCAAUGCAACACCGACACCACCCCCCGAGACCUCCCUCCCCCUCCCCCAAGCACACAACCUCCUCACCUCCUUCACCACCUUCCUGACCGUCUGCAUCCACAACAUCCUCUACUACCGGUCCAUAUACCCCCAGAAAACCUUCCUCUCAGCCAAGGCAUACAACCUCCCCGUGCACCAGAACCGCCACCCGAGGGUCUGUUCCUGGAUCCGCGACGCCGUCGACGCCGUGUCCGCCCAGCUAGCCGGCGGCAACGUCGAUCGCAUCGCCGUCGUCAUCCACAGCCCGCCAACAAGAAGCGCCGGGUCCGGGUCCGAGGCCGGGGCCGUGCUCGAGCGCUGGAUGUUCGACGUGGCGCGCUUCCCGUCUUGGCCCGGGGGCGCCGAUGCGAUGCGAGAUUUCGGGGGCUCGAAUGGGGGCCGGCGCGGGCAGGCCGAGGAAGGGGAAGAGCCGGGUGCCCUUGCUGGCGGUUCCGAGCCGGGUGAGGCUGGAGCUGGAGCUGUAGCUGGCGGCGCAGCGGGGGACGUGCCCGGUCCUGUGAACUGGGCAGACGUGGAUCAGCAACUCCGCGGCGCCGUGCGGCGGCUGUCGUCUGCGGCGGAGAAGAUGGAGGCCUUGCCGGCGGGGUGUACCUUCACUGUUGCUGUGGAGCUGAAGGAGGAGGGCCAGGCGCCCAUUGGACACCCCCAAGCGUGGAUCCCCUCGGAGCCAAACCUCCAGACAGCAUCCACGGCCAGGCCGGAGAACGGCCGUGAUAUCGGCGGGGCCAGGACCACGCCCAUUAGAUCCGUAGAGGCCGGACCGUUGUUCUUCGAAUGCUGGGUGGAAGAAGGUAAAGCCAAAGCCGCUCUUAGAGAGUCCCAAAGCCAGGGGGCGCCAACGCAGUCCUCGGCAUCGUAAUUUUUUAAGCUUUGCCAUUCCAUUCCAAGCCUGGUUCGUUUCAUCAAGGAUCUCGUACAUACCCAGACAUGAAACUCGUUACAGUAUUUACAAACAUUCCGGGGGCUACUGCACACAGUGUCAUCUCGCAUCAGGUAACGACAUCAC